CGAAAACAAAAAAUUCUGAAAAUUGUUCGUCGUCGGUACGACGGAGAGAAAACGUCUUCCAAAGACGAAUUGAGGCGGUGGAAGAAGAAAAAAAAAAAUCAAAAUCCAAUUUGAUCUUCAAAGUAGUGAAGAAAGAAGAGAAGCAAUCGAAAUUCUCUGACGAUGUUGUUACAACCCCAAAGAUCCUCUUAUCGAUUAUCGUAAUUCGUAGAAAACGAAGCAGAGAGAAAAUGGGAGGCGAAGAUGAUAAAGAUAAGAAAUGGAAUCCUCCACCACCGCAGCAGAAGCCGGACUCAAGGCCUUGGGAAGUCCUCGCGGCUUUUGUAAUCUGCGCAACCGCUACUACUUUCGCCGUUCAUCAGCUGCGAAGAAAUUUUGAUUGGGUCUAUACCCAGCUAACUAGAACACCGUCGGCGGGAAGAGGAACUUUCCGAACAUCUUUUCAGGAGGAAGCAUGGAGAAGGUACAAUAAACGGAUGCAAGAGGAGUAUGAGGAUGAGUUGGAGAGAGUGGCACGUAUUAGGCGUAUGCAAAGCGUUUUCAACAGAGAGAGGAAUAAAUUUAGAAGGGGCUACGAGAACUGGACGGAAAAUGAUCCUGGUGCACAGCAAUACCAUCAGCAGUUUCAGCGACAUGAUUGGUACUGGAAAACUGAGUCUUCGCAUAGAAACCAAAGGACCAAUCACCAGGAGCCUUCAGACCAGAGAAGAGUAUAUCCACUAUCACACCAUUACUCGGUUUUAGGGCUCAGCAGGUCCCGAGCAACUCCAUACACAGAAGCUGAGAUUAAGAAAGCAUUCAGGGAAAAGGCUUUGGAAUUCCAUCCAGACCAAAAUCAGGAUAACAAAAUUGUAGCUGAAGCAAAAUUCAAAGAGGUGUUACUUUCAUAUGAAGCUAUAAAACAGGAAAUAAAAGAGAAGUGAUUUUUUUUGGUAAGCGAGAUCAAUCUCUUUUCCAUGCGCUCUAAAGAAAUUGGAAUAUUGUCUACAAUAUCGAUCACAGGUUUUUUUGGGUGUCUUCCCAUUUUAUAGGUUUAUUUUAAUAGUCUUGUGGUUUGCUUUUUUUACUCAGUUAAGGUUCUUUGUUGUAAUAUGUAAUAAAACCAAUCCACAGCUUAAAUAUGUUGAAGAGGAGAAUUUGGGACAGAUGGUCCAUUGAUUCAUUAUAUAGUUACUUACCUGAUGAAUGCUCGAGCAUUAGACAUGCCUACUCUGUGAUGAACUGACGGAAUCGAGAGACAACUUGUUCUAUGCAUGUCCAUACUCGUUUACUGUGUGGAACUACUUAUAUGCCAUGAUUGGUAACUCUACAUCCCAGACUGGAACGACAGCCUUCAUUCGCAUGUCCAUUCUCGCAAGUCUGCGCACGGAUAUGCAAUCAUUCGUCCCGCCUUUCAAACUUCUAUUUACCAUCUUUGGCGAGAGGGGAAUGGUUGGAAGCAUCACCAACAUCCGCAUUCUCCCCUCUACCUAGCUCAUAUCAUUGACAAGGUCAUCCUUCUUCGUAUCAUCUCUCGCCACAAGGACUUGCCAGAAAUGAUGAGCCCCUCCUUCAAAGCUGGUCUAAUGUCUACUAUCCCGAUAGCUUAAUCUCUCAUCAUCUGUUUCUUAUGCUCUGUUUCGUCAUAUAGGUGGUUUGGUAUUUUCGUUCAUUUAUACAUAAACCCUCGAUUUUGUGAUUCAAAUAAAUAUCACAUUUCAAGAACUAAAACAAAAAAAAAAAAAUCCUACAUGCACCGAAACGUUUACAAAUUAGUAUGGUUGGAACCCCUAUUCAAAAACGCAGGCGGCCGGAUAAUCACUCGGCAGUACUCAUCCGACGCGAUUUCACUCAAAUCGGAGAAAUUAAUCGGUAACUGGCCGAUUAAUGAUAAAAUCGGUUUGAUAACUGAUAAAAUUUUAACAGUUUGAGUCUCAAUUCUUAGACCACGUAUACUUUACUUUAGCUCC